GUUUCGUGGUCAAUUUUCAUUCAUUUCUUGUAUAGUAGUCGUAACACGCCUCAGAGUCUUUGUGGAGGACUCAGGUGUUGUAAACAUGUCUUCUGAAAGUGCUGGCGGGGAGGGAAAUAAUAAACAGGAACAAGUCUUCACCAAUCGAUACACCGAUCGCGAUGAAGAUUUUGCCAAGACGUCAACUGCUUCAUCACACCGUCUUGUGAUGCACCAAUGGGUCAAUGACAAUGCGGCAGCAUCGCAGCAUCACGCUGCACAGCACAACCGUCACCACUCCGAUAGGGACCACCACCGCGGCGGUAAUGUAGAUCGCCGGGACAGGCGUUAUGAUCGCCACAGUGGCCAUCAUCAUCAACGUCAUGACAAUUGGCACCCUUCCCGAGAACACCACCACCCGCAUGAUCACCACCACCGCCCGCAUGAUCACCACCACCACCAGCACGACCACCACCAGCACCAGCAGCACCACCGCCACCAGCACGACCACCACCCGCAUGAUCGGCGACAUUACCAUGACAGCAGUUACGAUCGUCACCGCCGUCACGACUCUCAUGAUCGCUAUCAAGAUCAUCGUGGUGAUUACCGUGGUAAUGAGCAUCGUCAUCAUCAUGGUCACCAUGACAGCAGACAGCAGGCGUAUGAUCAUCACCAAGAGCGCCACUAUCAGCGAGAAAGAGAACCUCGGCAUUCCCGUCAUGAGAGACACUAUGAGAGGAAUAUCCCAAGAGCACAUCAUGAAAGAACCGAACCGUCCAGUAGGGAACAUUCCAGCAACACUAACCAUGACAACAUAGCAGCAACAGCACCACCAGCACCACCAGCAACAGCACCACCAGCAACAGUACCACCAGCAACACCAGCAACAGCAACAGCAGCAACAGCAACACCAGCAACAGCACCACCAGCAACAGCACCACCAGCAGUGGUGGUAGCCACAUCCAUGGAAGUCACAUCUACAGCACAUGCAUCGUCACCAGUAGCAGCAUCGCCAGCAGCACAGGUAACGGGCUCUACCGGUACUACUCGAAAUAGCGAUGGCGAUGAACCCUGUGCUGUGAAGCAUGAUGCUGUUAGUGAACAGGCCAGCGUGGAACGGCCCAGUGUUGAACAGCACGAUGGGGAGCAAAAGACUGUUGAAGAUGGUGAAGCAGAAUCAUGUGCAAAUGCUAAGGACGUGGCAGCGUUUUACAACCAGCUGCCACAGCUUGGCCUUGCCAAUCGUCAGGAGAGUCCAAUCAUUCAGCUGCGCAGCAUGAACAACUGGAUCAAGAGUGUGCAGAUCAAGAAAGGCGUGCACCAGUUGCCUCAUGGCGGCGGCCGGCACCUGCGUGUGCUGGACUUGUGCUGUGGCAAAGGUGGUGACUUGCUCAAGUGGCGCCAGAGUAAUGUACAGCACUUGGCUGGUGUAGACAUUGCUGAGACGUCCAUUCAGCAGUGCAGCCAGCGCGCUCGUCAAGCUCGCCUGAAGUUUUCCACCGAGUUCCACGCAGCUGACUGCACCCGGGUCAACCUGGCAACAGUCCUGAACGAUGGAGCCGAGGGCAGGUUUGACGUGACGAGCUGCCAGUUCGCCGUGCACUAUGGCUUUGAGAGUGAAGCGCAGGCACAGUGCAUCCUGGACAAUGCUUGUCAAGCUCUGAACAAGGGUGGAGUCUUCAUUGGAACUGUACCCAACUCUAAUCGAUUAGUGUGUCGUCUCCGUCAGGAAGAAGGCUAUUCGUUUGGCAACUCGGUGUACAGGGUCAGCUUUGACGAAUCGCUGGACAAGCAAAACCUGCCCCUGUUUGGGUGCAAGUAUCACUUUCAACUUCAAGGCGCCGUUGAUGUUCCCGAGUAUCUUGUCUACUUUCCUUUACUUUGUCGGUUACUUGACGAACGCCACGACAUGGAGCUAGUCUGGCAAAAGCCAUUCCACGACUUUGUCAACGAGGAAAAGGAAGAUCCCCGUAACCGAGCUCUCAUGCAGCGCAUGAAAUGCCUUGCUGUGGUGAAGGGCAGAGAUGUCGGCCUGGAUCAUGAUGAUCUUGUGGGCUCCAUCAGUGAGGAUGAAUGGGAAGCAAUCGGUCUCUACACUGCGUUCUGCUUUCAAAAAAGACAGUGAGUUAUCCUUAUCGGCCGUGCCAAGCGGCAGGACAGAGUGAAUUGUUUGAGAUUCUUCUGAUACCUUUGAACUGGACCUGCUCGUGCUCUGCUGCUCGUAUCUGUUCAGUCUAGUCCCAUGUUUUUCUUCGGCCACUGAGGUGUCGUAAUAAAUAAAAAAACGGUACUGUUGCUUGAUAUGUAGUCCACCCUCAUCAAGUCAUCAUACCAGCCUGCAGUGAUGUGUGGUCCACCCUUAUUACACUCUCAUCAUACCUGACUACAGUGAGGUGUGGUUCACCCUUAUAAUGCCGGACUACAGCUGAUAAUUAGUUAUUUUAAAUGACCUUGUCUAGUAAUAAUAGUUCUUUACUUUGUCAGACUUGAGCUAUUCUCUCGUAUUUUUUAACUGCCUUGCAAAUCAAUGAAUCCUAAUCACUGCUGCAUUUGAGGUGCCCCCCUUUUUUAUUUAAAAAUUGGCUGGCAUUUUGUGCUAUUAUUAAUUUUCUUUUUCACCUGCAUUUUAUGGUGCCAUUGUCAGUCUGGGGCAGAGGCUGACACCUAGUUAUGUAACAUUGUCUUGAUCAACCGAGCGAUAUCGGCUUCUCCUGAGAACUUGACCAGUGUUAUUUUUUUCCCAGUUUCAUAGUGCGAUCAGGUUUUUUUUUUAUCCUCAAACGAUCAUCACAUCAUGUGAACAGCAACUCUACAAAUUUAAUCGUACUUUGUACUUUGAAUCUCCCAUCAAGAACUAUUUUCCAUCUCAUGAACUGAUGUAUACCCGGUAGUUUGCAGUACUCUGAACACACCGCAAGUAUAGGUACAAUUGUGAUGUUCUUCAAGUAUUUUUGUCCGGCGAUGGCACAGCUAGAAAGAGCAUGUGAUACAGUGUACCACGAGUG